AGAGAGAGAGAGAGAGACUUCUUCAGACACAAAUCUAGGAGCGGAAGCUACGCCCCAACUAUCGAAUGAUUUCAUUUGUAAGAUUCUUCACCUCCUUUUCUCUGCUUGGAAGGAUUCUUCAUCUUGCCUUCUUCUUACGUGAAAUAUGCUUUUCUUGUUGAUUUAUUUUCUGGUGUGCUGCGAUGAAGCCUAUGAUUAAUUUGGGAUUUUUGUCUUAAGACUUUUCCGCUCACUGAAUCCAAUCUCCGAAAUCAAGUCUUGUAUCUGUUGCUUUUAGUUCUUCUUAUAUAGUCCAAGUCUGUAUGUUAUCACAAAAAACAGCGGAUUAGAUUAUCAAAUUUUUAAUUUGGUGAUGUUUCAAUACUGGGUUCUUAGCAUAGUAAGUGAUUCAUGAAGAUUUUUGGUGUAUGGUUUUGUAAUCUCUCGGAAUUCUUGUGUUAAUUUAUGUAGUUUUGGAGGUAAAGAUGUUAUCAAAGGCAGAUAGCAGAAAGAAGGGUGGUGGGGUUUCAGGACAUGGGAGGGUUUUAAGUGAUAUUGAAGCGAUAAAUAAGACAUUUUAUUCGGACAAGACGUUAACUAGGCUUGCUAGUUCUACGGCUAGUAGUCGAGCCAAGUCCAUUGGAAAGUCUCAUGUUCAAGAAUCUGCUAAAGAUUCAUCUGAGAGGGAUAAGAAGUCAUCUAUUUGGAGUUGGAAAGGUCUCAAGGCCUUGACCCAAGUCCGGAACCGCAGGUUCAGUUGUUGCUUCUCUCUCCAAGUCCACUCCAUUGAUGGCUUGCCUGCGCUCUUUGAUGGUUCUUGUCUCGUUGUGCACUGGAAGAGGCGGGAUUCUGAGCAGAUGACACGCCCGGUUAGGGUUUGUAAAGGAGUAGCUGAGUUUGAGGACCAGCUGACUCAUUCUUGCUCUGUCUAUGGUAGCAGAAGUGGCCCUCACCAUUCGGCAAAGUAUGAGGCGAAGCAUUCCUUGUUGUUUGUUUCUGCCUAUGAUGCCCCUGAGCUGGACUUGGGGAAGCAUCGAGUUGACUUGACUAGAUUGCUUCCCAUAACAUUGGAGGAGCUGGAGGAGGAGAAGAGCUCGGGGAAAUGGACGACUAGUUUCAGGUUGUCAGGUAAAGCGAGAGGCGCAACAAUGAACGUCAGUUUUGGAUACGUUAUUCAAAACAGUAACACUGAGUGGUCUUGUGGAAAGAGUGUUUCUGAGAUCCCCAGCUUGCAGCGUAAUAGUGCAAGGACGGAAAAGCCCCUGGGGCCUUCUGACCAAAUGGCUAAACCAGACAUUUAUCGAGCGGGAAGUCUUCCUGCCAAGUUGUCUGCCUCAAACCAGUAUCCAGAAGACAUAAAGGAUCUUCAUGAGGUUUUGCCAAUGCCAAGGUCGGAAUUGCUUGAGUCAAUGAGUAUACUCUAUCAGAAAUUGGAUGAAGAGGUUUCUAAAACUCCGGUUGAGAAUAAAAUUGAGGCUGAUUCUUUAUCUAUUUCCCUGCACAAAGUGGAUCAGUCCAGACCACCUGAUGCUGGGGAAGAAAAUUGUGGAACUGAAUGUGAAAUUGCUGAGUUUUCUGUCAUAGAUAAGGGGAUAGAAGAGUUGAGCAAAGAACACGUGGGACCAGAAGGCGAGAUAUUAAAGUUUGCUCAAGCUACUGGUGAUGGUCUAGAAGCUGACUUUGAUGUCGAGGUGAUCCUUGGCUCGGCUAACUCCUCUGAUUCCUCACCAAUAGAGGCAUCGUCUCAAGCUGACGAGCAAUCAAUACAAGCAGAGAAAGAAAAAGACAUCUCCUUAGAGGAGGUCCCAGAGCAAGAAAUGGAGUCGCCGUUAAGUUGCAUAACAGACCUGGCGAAUGAAAAAUUAGAAUCUCAAAAUGAAGAGACUGAUGCUAUACACUUGGCAAAUUAUUUGGAGGCUAAUUCUAAUUACAGAGAUUGCAGCAAGGGAAAAUCGCUUAAUUUGGAUGAUGUUACUAACUCGGUGGCUACUGAUUUCUUGGAGAUGCUGGGUAUAGAUCACAGUCCAUUUAGCUUGAGUUCCGAAAGUGAGCCUGAUUCUCCAAGAGAGCGUCUACUGAGGCAAUUUGAGAAGGAGGCUCUCACCAAUGGAGGUUUACUCAACUUCGAUAUUGAGAAUUAUCCAGUAGAACUUGUUCCAACGGGAUCUUCCUGGGGAACUGUCUCUGAGGAUUUCCUUAAUCCACCGAUAUUUGAUGGUUUUGAGGAGAUGUCUAAGAUGGAAAUGGAUGCAUUCGGGGCGAAAACUAGGGCCUUGAGGAUGGAAGAUUUGGAAACUGAAGCUUUGAUGCGUGAGUGGGGAUUAAACGAGAAGGCAUUUCAACACUCUCCGCCUGGUGGCUCUGGUUUUGGCAGUCCAAUUGACAUGCCUCCUGACAAUCCUCAGCAGCUGCCUCCCCUGGCAGAAGGUUUGGGUUCCUUUGUGCAGACGAGAGACGGUGGAUUUCUGCGAUCUAUGGAUCCUGCACUUUUCAGGAAUGCCAAGAGUGGUGGGAGCUUAAUUAUGCAGGUGUCCAAUCCUGUGGUGGUGCCUGCAGUAAUGGGCUCCGGCGUAAUGGACAUACUUCAAGGUCUGGCAUCUAUCGGGAUUGAGAAGCUCUCUAUGCAGGCUAAGAAAUUAAUGCCUUUGGAAGAUCUAACAGGGAAGACCGUCCAACAAAUAGCUUGGGAAGGCGAACUGCGUCUGGAGGGACCUGAGAGGCCAGAGUUGGUGCAUCAGGAAACCGAAGUGAUGAAGAAUGUGCAUCAUGAAAACAAGAGCGUGAAAGGUGCAUCCCGUGUCCAAUCCCUUAAAAGGGAUACAGAAUAUGUGUCUUUAGAGGAUCUCGCCCCUCUGGCCAUGGAUAAAAUCGAAGCUCUUUCAGUCGAGGGCUUGAGGAUACAGUCCGGCAUGUCGGAUGAAGAUGCUCCUUCAAAUAUUAGUGCACAGUCGAUUGGUGAAUUUUCUGCACUCAAGGGAAAGACAGUCGAUGUCAGUGGGUCCAUAGGUCUCGAUGGCAGUUGUGGAUUGCAGCUACUUGAUGUUAAAGAUAAUGGUGAAGAUGUUGAUGGGUUGAUGGGUCUGUCCCUAACACUCGAUGAAUGGAUGAAGCUGGAUUCCGGUGAAAUUGAUGACGAUGAUCUUGCAAGUGAGCGAACCUCCAAAAUACUGGCGGCCCAUCACGCUACUUCUCUAGACCAUUUCCAAGGGAGAUCAAAGGGGGAGAAGAGACGGGGAAGGAGUAGGAAGUAUGGUUUGUUAGGCAACAAUUUCACCGUUGCGUUAAUGGUGCAGCUGCGCGACCCUCUGCGUGACUAUGAGCCAGUUGGCACCCCGAUGCUUGCUCUUAUUCAAGUCGAGAGAGUGUUUGUUCCUCCAAAGCCUAGAAUCUACAACACUGUUUCUAUGUGGAGGAGCUCCGAUGAUGAUGACGAGGAUAAAGCAGCUAAGGGCGCCAAAGAGGAGAAUGUUGGUGAAAAGCUAGUAGAAGAAAAGAUUAAUGAGGAAGAACUGAUUCCCCAAUACAAGAUAACUGAGGUACAUGUGGCUGGAUUGAAGGCAGAGCAGGGUAAAAAGAAGCUAUGGGGUUCCACGAAUCAGCAACAGUCUGGCUCCCGUUGGUUGCUCGCGAAUGGGAUGGGGAAGAAGAAUAAGCAUCCAUUAAUGAAGUCGAAGGCUGUUCCGAAAUCAUCUGCUUCUGCCUCUGCGCCAAGCACAACGACUGUGCAGCCGGGAGAGACGCUGUGGAGCAUUUCUUCUCGUGUCAACGGAUCAGGGGCGAAAUGGAAGGAACUGGCAGCACUUAAUCCACAUAUUAGAAAUCCAAACGUUAUCCUUCCCAAUGAAACUAUCAGAUUACGCUAGGAGGUUGAAGCUUCAUUUUGAUGUAUAUAUAUAGAGUGGAUGAUGAUACCCCUCUGUAUCACUCUUGUUUGAAGAGCAAAGUGAACUAAAGAAUUCAUUCUUGCUAAUGUAAAAACUAUUGAAACAGAGAAUAUAGUUUUGUUGUUUUUACCUUUCA